GGUGUUUGUUUGUUUUACUUUACCCUUCUUUUCUUUACUCUCUCUAUCUUUGUUUGUGUGUAUAAAGGAAUGAGAACAAGGAGAGGGCUUUGUUAUCCAAAUCCAAAAGUAAACAUGUGUAUAGAAAACAAAAUUAUUAAGAGGAAAAGAAAUGAUUUUUCUGGCAUCGGAGACCGUCGGAAAAGAUCUAAACUUUCGCCGGAGAUUACUGGUCAUCAUCCUGAUCUUUUUGAUUCUUUGCCGGAUGAUCUCGUUGUUUCUAUUCUCUGCAAACUCACUUCUUCUGCUGCUUCGCCGGCUGAUUUCGUUAACGUUUUGAUUACAUGCAAAAGACUAAAUGGGCUAGGUCAUCAUUCGCUUGUAUUAUCAAAAGCUUCUCAGAAAAUGUUAACCGUGAAAGCACAAAACUGGUCGGAAUCUGCUCAACGCUUUCUCAAACAAUGCGCCGACGCCGGAAAUGUUGAAGCUUGUUACACCCUUGGCAUGAUUCGAUUCUACUGUUUACAAAAUCGAGGAAGCGGCGCGUCCUUGAUGGCGAAGGCGGCGAUUAGCUCUCACGCGCCGUCGCUCUACUCUCUGGCCGUUAUCCAGUUCAACGGCAGCGGUGGUUCGAAGAACGACAAGGACCUCCGGGCCGGAGUUGCUCUGUGUGCACGCGCCGCCUUCUUAGGCCACAUCGAUGCUUUGAGAGAGCUUGGUCACUGUCUUCAAGAUGGGUACGGCGUGAAGCAAAACAUCGCGGAAGGUCGGCGAUUCCUCGUCCAAGCCAACGCGCGUGAGCUUGCUGCCGUUUUAUCGAUGACACCUUCAGCUCUGACCGCCGGCGGGUGGCUGACGUGGAACCCACUGCCUCAUCACCGGCACGGAGCAGGUAGCGGGUGCCCGUUACUGAGUGAUUUCGGGUGUAAUGUUCCUGCCCCGGAAGCCCACCCGGCUAAUCAGUUUUUAACUGAAUGGUUUUUGAAUUCUUCAAAAGGCGGAGUCCCGGGUUCGGGGCUCCGCCUUUGUUCACAUGCGGGUUGUGGAAGACCCGAAAGUAGGAGGCAUGAAUUCCGUCGAUGCUCUGUUUGUGGUACAGUUAACUAUUGCUCACGCGCUUGCCAGGCGCUUGAUUGGAAGAUGCGUCAUAAAGCAGAGUGUACACCGGUAGAGAGAUGGAUUGACGAAGACGGAGAAAAUGACGGUAACGGCGAAAUGGGUGAGGAGGAUCAGAAUAUGGUGGAAAGUUAAACGGCGAGAGUAACAGUGUGCUUGACUGUGAAGGUGACGGUAACGGCACGUGAGUCUCAAAAAUUCACUGGCAGGUAAAAAAAAAGGAAGAAGGGCCAAGUUAGUAGUGGCCGUUUUUGGGAAUAUAAUUAUGGUGGUCUUUAUUUUUGUAUAGAACAAGUAAAACAAAAAAAUUGGGAUGUAUGAAGAGGAAAAAGGAGAAAAGCAAAUUAUUCUG